AUGCCACUAGCAUGCAAGAGCAGAGUUCAGAACACAGAAUCCCUCACAAAAGAAGAAAGCAAGUUAUUUAUAAAAAGAAUGUUAGCAAUUUCUACCUCAAACAUUACCUAUAACAGACAGUUAUUUCAUGACAGUGCAUAUUCAGACAGAACAAUUAAAGGAAUUGGCACAACUUUUAAAAUAUUAAAAGAGAAAGAAACGGGUGGCCCUGGAAAAGUGACAGAAUGGAUCCAUGGAGCAUUUGACGCCAUUGAUAAAGGCUGUUUAAAACAAGUCGUAUUUGCUCUACUAAGUGAUGAAAAUGACCCGCAUAGUAUAAUAGAAACAUAUUCAUACAACAUCACAUAUGAAAAUGGGACUCUGGUUACUACAGCAAAAGUUGGGGACCAAACAACGAAAAUUCUAACUGUACCGACAAAAGCUGAGACCCAGGAAUCCAUUGAAAGCUACCUACGUAAUCUGAAAACUUUGACAAGCCAUUUAGGGGCUCUACCACCUGUAUCUUACAUGACCAUGAGGCUUUUGUAUUAUGACGAUAAAAAACCUGAAAAUUAUCAGCCCCCUGGUUUUGAAGAGGCCUUUGAAAGCGACACACUACGUCUUACAGAGCGGCAAAUUAAUAUAAAAGUGGGGAAAAUUCUAACACCAUACAAUACCAUGAAGCUUAACGUAUUCACCCCUGAAGACCAGUUUACUAGAAACGAUAUAAAUUCUGAAGCCAGUAAGAGCGCUAUGGAUGUAGACAUACAAGAAGAUAAGGGCGUUCGUUGCCCAUGUGACGAUGUAGACGAUGACGACUUAAUGAUCCAAUGUUCUAACUGUAAAUACUGGCAACACGCAAUAUGCUACUGUAUCUACAAUGAGUCAAAAACGCCAAGUUCCCAUAUUUGUCAUAUAUGUUGUGACACUGGGAACCAGGAAUGUACUGAUCCUACUUUGGCCAAUAUACCAGCAGAGCAGCAGAAAACAUUAUGUCUUUGGAGAAGACUACUGCUUAAGUGCCUAGAGUUAGAUACAGUUAAUAUAAACGUUAUUACGUCCACUUUUCUAUGCUCAAAAGCUAUGGCUCAAAAGUUGCUUAAAAGGUUAAUUGAUAAAGAAGCAGUGUCUGUUAUGAAAAACCAUAAAAAAAUAGUAAAUAAGAGAAUUUUAAAAGCAGUUUUUAAAGAGGAUAUUAAGGACACAUAUGAUACUUUUACCAAUCACCCCAGUCAAAUUUUGCAGCCUGUUCAGAACACCAUAUUUUCAAAACCCAAAAUCCCUACAAAAAGGCAACAGUUUAUUGGGAAACAUUCUCUUAAUAGAUAUGAUACAGAAGCAGCCAUGUCAAUACUCACAAGCCAGACGUCUUUAGAUGAUUUUGACAGGCGUUCUGCAGGGCAGCGGAAAAGACAGAGAAUGUCAAAACAAAAAUGCCACCCUGUUAAAAACCAAUAA